AGCGACCAGUGCUCUACUACUAGACAGCGACACCUAAGUUCAAAAGCCGUUUCCUAAAAGGAUCUUUCACACGCCCACAACUACAAGCUGCGUACCCGCGCCACAAGUUUAAUAUUUUUCACAAAACGAAAAGCGCAACAACCGAGGCUGUAGUAAGUAGCGACAAGCCUUUCAACCUCCCUUUAUUCUGCGGUAGAACUACAAUUGUUCCUUUGACGCUAAUUUACUUCUAGAAAUCAUCCACAACCCGCACAAAACUAUGGUCGUAGAAGCGCACCAAGUCUCGGAGGUUACCGAAAACCGCAAGCUCGCCCGGGAGCAACGGCCCGCCGCUGUACCGAUGGAAGAAAUACUUCACAGCUCGUUGUAUCAGUUCCUUUGUUAUGCACAAAACAAAAAUGGAAACCGCAGAAGUGUUUGCGUUUGGUAUGCAUAUAAUUAAACCCUUUCAACAUCAACCCACGUUCCUUGUGUCCACCCAGUGUAGUAGUUCAAAACAGACAAACACUUCUCUGCAGAGCAAACCCCGUAGAAGUGCUCCCCUGUAGACUGUCAUCCGCGAGUUGUACGAAAGGUUUCUCUUCCCCCUGGAUAUGCCAAGGCGCUGCUGGAGAAGAAGCACUGUUACCCCGUGAAAGCGGAAGUUCUGCUUUCCUCCGCGGAACCCGAGGUCCGGAGCCUGCUCGACUACGUCGCGGAGAAUGUAUCAACUGCAGAAAUGUCUGGGUCUGGAAGAUUGCCAGGUUUGUCAUUCUUGUCUGGCAUGACUCGAGAAUCUGUGUUGCAUAGGCACGAAAAGGCCCUCGUGCCUGUCAUGUAACAACGCAGUUUGCCAUGUGGAAUACGUAAGACAUGACAGCCAAGAAAUUUGUCAUGCAUAGCUGCGUACUGCAGUGCGUCUAUUAUUCACUUUUAGCAUUACAAGUUUCCAGACCCAGACAUUUUUACAUUUGAUAGAAUGCGGACCUGUACGACACGCCCCCGGUGGACAAUUCCUUCGGGAACAAGAAACUACAGGACCGCGUUAUGACCUGCUCAGGUGUUACAAUCUCAAACGUUACAAUGGAAUGUCGAAAUCUGUGAUGCAAGAGUGCAUGAGCUAGCCAACUCUCAUAGGAUCGCGCAUGACAAGUUCCGGAGCGUCCGAAACCCCACUACAAUCUGACGAAAUUUGCGUUGCAGAAAGUGGAACGCUCAGCGAGUCUGUCAUGGUCGUCAUGCAAGACAAAUCUCAGACUCUGUUGCAACGUUUGAGAUUGUAACAGCUGAGCAGGUUAUACGCGUGGCGCUCGCGUUGCAGGCCUGCUUGCACCAACUCGAUUUCCCGGAGGAUCCCCGCGUCGCUGUUUCGAAGAAGCCGAAAAUAUGCAUUGCAAAAGUAUCGUACUCGUAUACAUGCAUUACAAAUUUCCUCAGCAUGAGAAAUAAAAACUGUAAUGCGGUUUUUGCUUCAGCAAAAAAAACUUGUAAUGCAUGAUCGCAGUUACUACGAGUACGGUACUUUUGUACAGUAUAGAACAAAAAUCGCAGCAAGUCCGCGGACGCGGUCCUGCUUUUCGACCGGAGUUUAGAUGAAGAAGCAAAAGCCGCGUAUAAAGUCGCGAUGGCCGCCGUGCGGGAGCAGCGAAAAACACAGGCCGCCUUGCGGAGCCGGUCGGCACGAGAUCUUCCUCGGCGGGGAAAUGACAAUAACCGGAGGAGCCCGGGACCGCGUGGCAAUUUCCGCAGCAGAAAUCGGGGCGACCGGAGCAGAAACCGAGUAUCAAAUGCAAAAAUGUCUGGGUCUGGAAGGUUGGAACUUGUGAUGCAAACUCUGGAACACACAAAAAUUUGCGUUGCAUGAGCGCCAAAAGCUGUUCAUUUCUUGGCACGCAAGUAGGAAGUUUCUGAUGCGGGACAGGCAUCGCGAGGCGUGCUCAAAACCUGUGAUGCUUUUGCCUGCAUCAGACGCCACUUGCGUGAUCCGAAAUAUGCACGACAAAUCUCGCUAUCUUCCAGACCCAGACACUUUUACAUUUGAUACCCAGGCGACCGAAGCAAUCGCCGGGAAAACCGCCGGGAUGGUGGUGGUGACCGGGACAGGAGGUACGACGAUCGCGACAGGAGAUUUGACGACCGAGACCGCCGGGUGGAUGCUGGUAGUACCCGCGACCGGAGAUACAACGAUGAUCGUGAUAGAAGAAAUGACGAUCGCGACAGAAGAAAUGACCGCGAGGAGCGUGGCACCAACGAUCGGAGAGGCGGGGAUCGCGACCGCAAUUUUGACCGCCGGGGAGAUCGGGAUCGGAACUUCGACCGCCGGGGAGAUCGCGAGAACCGCAAUGCGGAGGGCCGACGAGAGGAUCGCGAUCGCAAUUUCGACCGUCAAAACAAUGACCGCCGCGGCCGGGAACAGGCAGACAAUCGCCGGGAACAACCGAAAGAUAACCAGCAGGUUAAACCGGAAAUAUCGAAGAUGGUGACGUCGUCACAGGUGACUUCUUCUGCACAGCAGCAGCAGCAAAAGCCACCCACAGUAGAUAAAAACAGGUUACAAGACGGGAACGACAAGAAGGAGGAAAUGAUAAAAAACACAACGAUGCUGGCAAUGAAGACGCAAGUCAAAGCCACAACCGCAGAGGGCAAGCCAAAACCCACUAGUUUCAAGCCUCCAAACCUAUCCAACGUGCGGAAAAAACGACAGGUGAUUGUGCAUUUUAUCCGACACGGGGAGGGCUUACACAACGUGGCGCAGCGAGAGUGGCGGAACCGCCGAAAUUUCGGGGUCAAUCGAAACGAAAAGUGGGACGGAGUGUCGGAGCCGUAUAAUUCGUGAUGUUCAUUUCCAAGAUCUGUCUUUACCUUUCGCAAGCCCCAUACACAUGCUGCAUCAGAAAGAUUUAUUAAUAAAGGUAAAGCGUGAUUUUUUCGCAUGACAAAUUCAAAUUCUAAUAUCAGGUACACAAUCGACAAUGAUCCCCAAUAUGUUUUCCUCGAUGCGAAACUGACUAACACGGGAAAACAGCAGGCAAUGGAUUUGCAGUUUCUGCUGCACGCGUGGUGUUAUCCGAGGCAAAAGUACUGCCGUAGUGGUCGUGCUGAUAUAUAAUUGCAUCAGGGACUGGCAUGAUGUGAUUCCACAUGACAAAAUGCAUUUUCCUUUCUGAAAAUGAAAUUUUUUUAUGCGAUCGCUUCGAUUUUUUAUUACACCACUUCGCGCGUACAACUUUUUGCAAUCCAUACCUGCACGGAAAUGACGAAACUGAACGUGAGAAAUUCGCCGCAGAAGGACAACCCUGAGCUCCGAGUGCUGAAACCCCCGUUUAUCGAAAAGGUUCUGACCAGUCCGAUGCGUCGUGCUGCAGAGACGGCAGUGAUCGCGAUCGGGCGGGUCAUCAAUUUUGAGAAGACGACGGUCAAAAUGGUAGAAUGCCUGCACGAGCUCGGGGGAAGACACACCUGUGAUGUAUGGAGGGAACAGAUGCGGGGGUACGGUUGUUCGAUGAGAAUCAAAAGAUGAAAUAGAAGUGCUUGAUGAUGAUGUGCAGAAAAAGUUCCAUUGGUUUGCAGGAUCAUAUGUACAGUUAAGUAGUGCGAACGGUUUAACGGAAAAGUGCUGCGCAGAAACUAGCCGUUUAGUAGUGCGAACGACUUAAGGGAAAAGUGCUGCACAGAAACCGCUUCGCCCUUUAGUAGUGCGAACGACUUAAGGGAAAAGUGCUGCGCAGAAACUGUUCGGCUUUAAGUAGUGCGAACGACUUAAGGGAAAAUGCUGCGCAGAAAACGCUUCGCCCUUAAGUAGUGCGAACGACUUAAGGGAAAAGUUCUGCGCAGAAACCGCUUAGCCGUUAAGUAGUGCGAACGACUUAAGGGGAAAGUCCUGCGCAGAAACCGCUUCGCCUUUAAGUAGUGCGAACGACUUAAGGGAAAAUUGCUGUGCAGAUGAAACCGCUUCGCCCUUAAGUAGUGCGAAAGACUUAAGGGAAAAGUGCUGCGCAGAAGCCGCUUCGCCCUUAAGUAGUGCGAACGACUUAAGGGAAAGUGCUUCGCGAAAACUGGUCGGCCUUAAGUAGUGCGAACGACUUAAGGGAAAAGUGCUGCGCAGAAAGCGCUUGGCCGUUAGGUAGUGCGAACGACUUAGGGGAAAAGUGCUGCGCAGAAACCGCUUGCUCGAACCUACUUCCCCCCGGCCUCUCCUUUCAUACCGGAAACGGCUGGAUUACCUGGAUCUCCGCAUGUUCUGGGACACCAACUAUCAAAUGCAAAAGUGCCUGGGUCUGGAAGGAUGCCAGAUCUGUCAUGCAAGAUUUCCGUGACCCACGAGGUCUGGAAUGCGGGACCUAGCAUGACAAACUCUGCGAGGUCUCUUUCAUGCCUGUACUGCAUGAGAAAUCCCCUCCCAACUUGGCCGAAAGUGGGCAGCUUUUGGCACUCAUGCAACACAGAUUUUUGCAUGAAUCACGUCUAGCAUGACGAGUUGCAACCUUCCAGGAGACGCAGACAUGAUUGCAAUCCAUACCAACGCAGACGAGUAUCUGAAUCUGGACAGCCUGGAAGCCACCGGGGGCGGGCUGAAAAAACGGCGCAUGUUGGACCCCUAUGCGAACGAGGAGGAGGAAAAAGAAGUAUUACUGGCGAUGAAGGAGCAGAAGAAACAGAUCAAGCGGAAAUUGAAAAUGGACUUUUGGGAUGUGAUCAACACGCGGCAGGAUCCGUUGUGGGACGAAAAACGGCGGGAAACCUGGGAGUCGUGCGCCAUGCGGUGCGCCACACUGGUGCGGGAGAUCGAAAGCUUUGUCUUGGAGAGGGACAACCGCCGGCUAUUCAAAACGCCGAAGUCGCACGUGGACAAAAACAAAAUCGAGCACAUCGUUGUGGCCAGCCACAGCGCGUUUCUGCUCACGCUGUUUAACACCGUUUUUCAGUACGACAAUGACCAGGAAGAGGAGCGCGCGUGCAGUUGGUUUGGCACCGGGGAAAUGCGAAGCGUGCUGCUCACUUUCCCGGACAUCCUGCCGCCUGGGAAGUAGAAAUUUCGAAGUGUUUUGUUGUUACACGCUGAAGGAGUUCAGGAGCAAAACUACACGACGGUGAAUUACCUUUACACGAGGACCAAUCAUCAUGCGCUCAGCUGUGGCGGCAUGGAAACCGCUACCUUGUAGACGACAACAUCACUUUAUUUUGGAAAUAAAUAAUCGAUGGAAACAGUGGCACUUGAAUUGAGAUUUUUUCAACGUCCGAAACAUAUCCGUACGAAGUAGAGCGUUGCUCGUGCGACCUCAGCACUUUGGCGACGUAACUCGUCACGUCUCAAU